AUGUGCCAGAUGCUCCUGCUGCAGAUCCAGCCCCAUCUCAGCCCAAAUUGCAUCAUGUGGAGGCAAAUAAAGGGACUUUUCGUGACAGACACCAUACACAGAGCCACUUACAUCAAGAUUUGGGCAGACACCCAGAAAGAGCUGGACAUYAUGAUCCAGAGAGAACAGGAGGAGUUUUCCCAGCCACAGGAGGACCGCGAGCAAGUGAGGAAGAUGUUGAUCACUUCCUACAUCCAGUACCUGGACAUCAUCCGUAAGCUGGAGGCGGCCCACGACCACAUCAUCCACCAGCAGAAGCGGGCGGCGGUUCGGAAAGUGCUGGAUGGGGCCAUGGGCCGCCUCCUGGAGAUCAAGAAAGAGAUGGUGUCCCUGGAGAAGUCYGAGUGUCACAACAUGGAAGAUGUCCUGAGGGAUCUAAAGCGUGUCCCGGAAGACAUAGAAAUACCCAUCCCAAAGUAUUUCCUUAAAGAAAACCUGARAACCCUGCAGGAGAGGGAGAAAUACCUGGAUGAGAUUUUGCUGAAUGCUGGUUUGCUAGAACAGGAACCUAGCACAGCCAUGACACUYGAAGAAGGCAUCCGGUUGAUCCAGGUGGCAGAACGGGCUCGCCAAGGCCGCUCUCGAGCUGCGUUCAUGAAGAAAAUUUACCUCGAAGAGAAAAGACAAGCUCAACCACAGGACCAGACAGAUAAAAAUCCAGAUGCUGCUGCCACUUGCAUUCAAAAGGUUUGGCGUGGGUAUGCCCAGCGCAAGAAAACAGAGAGGCUGAGAGAGGAAGAAAUGAUCUUUCUGGGCAUGAGCCUGCCUCCUGACAUAGAGGCAAGGAGAAUUCCACAGAUAGGUGCUGGGAAAGCAAAAAUCAUGCAAGCUGAAGCCCAGGAGAGAAAGGAGCUAUGCUUCAAGGAACAGCUGAAAGAAACAGAGGGGCCCCACAUCAAGGAAACCUUCCAGGAUGAGAUCAGCCAGUGCUUCAUCGAGAACCGGCAUAUCACAGGCAGGUUUCCUGACUAUCCCCCUGAGCACGCAGGCGGUUCCAAGGCUAUUCUCAUUGAAAAACAUCCAGAGCAGCUCGCUGCAGAACUGGUGGCCAAAAAGGAACAAAAGAAAAAAGACAAGAAGUUCAAGCAAAAAAAAGACAAAGAAGAGUCAAAAAAGGCACAAAAAGGUGGAAAGCAACCAGCAGUCCAAGCCUGGAAAAUGGGUGCAAGUAAUUACCUUCCGAUACUGGAGGAAGGAAGCAGCCACUACAAAGUAUUUUGGGAGAACAGAGACACCAAAUCGGAUUUUCUCCAGGAUCAUGACCCGGAGCUGAUCAAAGGAGGGCAACGGGAAGAAGUGGAGGAAGAGAUCAGAGUGCAGGUGGAUAAAGUGAUGCACGAGAAGCURCUGAAACUCAAGAAGGCUGUGGAUGGAGAGACAGGAGGGAAGAAAAGUGGGAAAGAAAAGGCACACAAGGCAUCUGGGAAGAAAAGACCUCCYGAGCUGGAGAGAAAUCUGACUCCUGACAGGACCGUUGAUGACCUGUACCAGCAGCUGGCAGAAGAUGGAUUGCUCAUCAAAGUCAGGAACGUGAAUCUCUCCGACUUCAUUGGCUACUCCGACUGCCUGAAGAAAAUCCCACGGGAGGUCCCUGUCCAGCCCACGCCCUCCAUCCCAGACGUCCGACAGCUCGUGACRCUCUACGGGAUCCUGCCCUUGGGUUCCCAAACCGUCCGUGAGAAGGGUCCUUUGGUGAAAUCCCUGCUGCUGGCGGGACCUGCCGGCGUUGGAAAGAAAAUGCUGCUGCAUGCCAUCUGCACAGAAACAGGAGCCAACCUCUUCAACAUCACCCCUUCCAACAUCAUUGGGAAGCAUCCUCCAGGCAAGAAGGGCCUGGUGCUGCUGCUUCACAUGGUUCUCAAGGUGGGCAAGGAACUGCAGCCUUCAGUGGUGUGGGUUGGAGAUGCAGAGAGGAUGUAUGCCAAAGGGACUGCGAAGGGAGAAGAAGAGGUGAUCUGCAAACGCCUGACAAAGCUCCUGCCCGCCCUCCUGCGGGCCAUGAAAGCCAGGGACAGGAUGCUGCUGGUGGGCACCAGCUCCAGRCCCUUCGAUGCCAACAUCGGCCCUUUCUGCAAAGUUUACCAGAAAAUCAUUCUCAUCCCCAAGCCCGACUACCUGACCAGAUGUGUGCUGUGGAGGCGUCUCAUCCUGCAGAGGGGUGGAACCCUGACCAAACUGGUGAACAUCAAUGGGCUGGCCCAGGUGUCGGAUGGCUUCACCCCAGGCCACAUGGUGGACGCCGUGCAGACCGUCCUGACCGAGCUGAGGCUGCUGCAGAUGCCCAGGAAGCCACUGAGGACCAGUGAGUUCCUCACUUGCCUGGCCAAGCACGACCCGGUGUACAGAGARGAGGAAGAAACUUUUCAGUCCUGGUACACCAAGACCCCACUGGGGAGAGCAUGGCUCGCAGCUCUGGAGCCAAAUGAAGAUGAAAAAGAAAAACCCAAGAAAGGAAAAAAGUAACUUCCUYCUAAUCCUUGAGGAUUUUUCACCUGGUGACACCAGUGGCGACUCUUCUUCGCUGGGAAAGCGUGGCAGAUUAAUUCUCCUCAAAUUACAGGUGUUCCAGAAAAGAGAAUUCCUCUCUGAAUGAAUUUUUUAAAAGUUUUAAAAAUAAAUUAGAUGUAGCUCUCAGAGGAUAAAGAGUUAACGAGCGCUGACUUGCUCAAGGAUUAUUUAUUCCAGGAGAUUUUAGGGGGCAGAAGGGUUCAUUACUCAGGCCUGUAACAUGCCAUCAACUUUUAGGCCGUGCUCAUUUAUUUCAGCAGGUAACUCUCCUUAAAAAUUGAUGCCACUUUAAUGCCUUUCAUUACUUUAAUACCCUUAUAUGCUUUAUAAAACUAACUGCUUUAUGUAUCUGUGGGGCCAAAGCCUGGCAGUGCUCAAUAAAACCAU